UAAACAAUAUAGAAAAGGACCAAUAAAGUAGGAUCCUACAGAAUUGCAGAAUAAAAACUAAAGAAAAUUUUAUUUUCAUGUCAAUAUAUCCAAACACUAAAAGAAAAAAAAGAUUGCGAAGGAAAGUACAGUUGUCAUGAGAUUAAAGAAAGUAGAACCAUUUUUGCCCGCAGAAUUUAUGGAGCUAUGGAAGGUGGAAGUGCAAUAAAUGAAAUAUGCAUUAAUAGUCGAGUCCUCCUUUUUGAGGAUCAGCAGCAAAAUGUCAAAAAGACAUCCCUUUUGAUAAUUGAUACAUAAGAUGGGAAUGGAUCAGUAAUAAGCAAAAUAGUGGGUUGUUGAAAAUUGAAGUUUUUAUGUGUUUUGUGUGUGGAAGAAGUGAAGCAAAUAAAUAAAGAUUGAAUCUUUCUCAGAGAAGAGAGAGAGAGAGAGAGAGAGAGAGAGAGAGAGAGGAAUGGUGGGACCAACAAGGCCACAGUUUGUGCUCUUUGGAUCCUCCAUUGUCCAGCUCAGUUUCAGCCAUGGCGGUUGGGGUUCCCAUCUCUCCGAUAUCUACGCUCGUAAAGCAGACAUAUUGUUGCGAGGGUACUAUGCAUGGAAUUCAAGACGUGCUGUUGAGGUCAUGGAUCAAAUUUUUCCCAAGGAUGCUGAUAUACAGCCAGAUUUGGUGAUAGUUUAUUUUGGUGGCAAUGAUUCAAUGGGGCCUCACUCAUCUGGCCUGGGUCCUCAUGUGCCACUUCCUGAGUACAUUGAAAACAUGAGGAAGAUUGCCAUUCAUCUUAAGAGCCUUUCAGAGAAGACACGCAUCAUUUUCCUGAGCUGUCCUCCAGUUGAUGAGGAGAGGGUUCGUUCAAACACCAGCGGAAUUUUUAGUGAGCUGGUACGAACAAAUGAAUUGUGCCAAAAGUACUCAGAAGCUUGUAUAACACUGUGUGAUGAGUUGGAUGUGAAGGUUAUUGAUCUUUUCCAUGCAUUCCAGAAAAGAAGUGAUUGGAAAACUGCCUGCUUUACGGAUGGGAUUCAUUUAGCUGCUGAAGGGAGCAAAAUAGUUGUAGAGGAGAUAUUGAAGGUGCUGAAGGAAGCUGAGUGGACUCCAUCUCUACAUUGGAAGUCCAUUCCCACUGAAUUUCCGGAAGACUCAUCAUAUUACCCUGUAGCUGUGGAUGGAGAAACAACUCUAAAUCCAUCUGAGUGGACAUUUCACAGGGAAGUUCACUGGGAAUAGGUUGUCAUAUUAUCUUUAUGUCUAUGUUUUUCCCAUUGCCAGAGAGGUUUCAGCCACAACUUCACCAAGGGUUGAUUUCACAAGAAUAUUUAAUGAGAACUAGAAAAAAAGGAAAAAAAAGUAAUCCCAAUGCUAUUGUCUAUUGUAUAGCAGACUUUUUAGUGACUUUGUAUGUCAUUUUCCUAAAAUAGCUACGUAUAGACUUCCAUUUGGAACAUAUUAUGUGCAUGUGCUCGAUUCAAUUUUAGUAAUAGAAAUCAAUGUUCAAUCUA